UCUUCUUCUUCUUCUUCUUCUUGGUCCUGCUCCCGCUGCACAUUCCUCAACCCUUCCUCCCAGAAAGUCUCCUGCCAGAUGUGCCUUUCCCCAACCUCCACCGCCACCGCCACCUCCACCGCCGGCGGUCGCGGGGGAAGCACUUUCUCCGUUGGGGCUUCCGUCUCUCCAGGAAGAUGGCCUUGCACGGCCUGCACCUUCCUGAACCCCAGCGGAAGAGCUUUCUGCGAGGUCUGCGGCACUCGGGCCGCGCCGUUUUCCCGUUUCCUUGGCGACUGUCUCGACCCAGACGAGCUCUCCGCCGCCGAUUCCUCCAUAGGAUCGGUCUUCCUCCCGCUCCAGCGCUGCGGAAGCAAGCGGCCCGCGCCCGUAGAAGCUGCUGCCGAUGUCCGACCCUUGGAGAAGUUGGCGAGGAGUGACAAAGAAGAACAUUUGGUGCUCUCAGGUAAUGGUGAUCCUAGUUCAAAUCCACAGGUGUUAAAAAUUAUGAGCUAUAAUGUCUGGUUCCGUGAAGACCUUGAAGUUCAUAGGAGGAUGGAAGCCCUUGGAAAUCUUAUUCUGGUGCACGUACCAGAUUUCAUUUGCUUCCAGGAGGUUACACCAAAUAUCUAUGAUAUCUUCCGAAGCUCUAAGUGGUGGAAGUCAUAUCGCUGCUCUGUAUCUCAGGACAUGAUAGCUGAGAGGCCAUAUUUUUGCAUGCAGAUGAGUAAGUUGCCAGUGGAGACAUUCAAAUGUAAACAGUUUGCAAACUCCAUUAUGGGAAGAGAACUUUGCUUAGCUGACAUCAAACUUAAUUCAGGCAAACGGCUUGUGAUUGCUACAAGCCAUCUGGAGAGUCCUUGUCCUGCCCCUCCCAAAUGGGAUCAAAUGUACAGUGUUGAACGAGUUGCUCAGGCAAAACAAUCUCUCAUUCUACUAAAAGACUCGAACAAUGCAAUCUUCGUCGGCGAUAUGAACUGGGAUGACAAAUUGGAUGGAGCUUUUCCUCUUCCUGAUGGUUGGGUUGAUGCUUGGAUGGUUAAAAAACCAGGUGAAAAUGGAUGGACUUAUGACACCAAAUCCAAUAAGAUGUUAUCUGGUAAUCGCACUUUGCAGAAGCGACUUGAUCGGUUCGUGUGCAGCCUUAAAGACUUUAGGAUCGAUGGCAUCGAGAUGAUUGGGACAGAGGCUAUACCAGGCCUUUCCUAUGACAAGGAGAAGAAAGUGAGAAAUCAGAUGGUGAAGAUGGAGCUCCCUGUCUUACCCAGUGAUCACUAUGGCCUUUUGUUAACCGUCACCAGCUUGUGACCGUUGCGCUUUAAAUAUUUUUUUGUGUGCAUACCCAUAUGUACAUUUUGUAUGUUGAUAUCCCGAGCUUCAUGAAGUUCUGAAGUUUCAUAUGUUUCAUAUGGUAUUAAGGCUUUAUUUGGAAUGACUUUUUGACUGUUUUUUAAAGCAGUUAGAAAGUUGCUUUAAGUAGUAAGAAAAAUGUUCCAAAUGAAGCCUAAGUUUUGGAAGGAUUCCAUGUCCCAAGUGGAUGCUGUGUUUUUGGAUCCUGCACUUUGGAUCUUAAUACUAAAGAACACUGAUUGUUAUUGUAAUGGUUGUCUUCUUAUAUUCAGCUCAAACUCCACAUAACAAUCAUAAUUCUCUCUC